AUGAACGUAUUAAAUCGUCUGAUAACAUCUUGUCCUCGAUUUUAUCAAUUAAAUCGACGAUAUGCUCAUUAUUUAUCUCAAGCAAAUCCAAUUCAACAACCAAAAGAUAUUGUUAGUUGUAUUCUAAAAAAUAUAAUUCAUCAUGAUGAACAAAUUAUUGUAUUUAAUAAACCACCGGGUGUAAUGGUUCUUGAUGAAACAUGGGAUCGAAAAAAUGAAGUAACAUCUGAAGAACAAGGAGAAGAAAAUGAUUAUGAAAGAAAUUCUAGUGCAAUUAAUUCUAAUCCAUGUACUAUUCAAUAUCAUAUGCCACAAUUUCGAUCAGCACUUAAAUGGUCUCAUUUUUUUCCUUGUCUACGAACACCAAAUGAACCAAGUGGUUUACUUAUCUAUACACAAAAUUCUAAAUUACAUGAUGAUAUAAAAAGUACAGCCAUGCGUUCAUUUCGAAAAUUAAAAGAACCUUAUUUAACAUUUUAUGGUAUAACAACAUCUAUUCCACGUAAACUUGAAGAUUCACAUCAUAUUAUGAUUGAAAGACAUUUACAUAAUGGACAAUAUUUAUCCUAUGAAGUAUUUGAUACAACUUCUAAUGCAAUAAAACAUGGUCGAGUUUAUUCAGGUACUAUUCAACAUCGAACAUUAUCAACAAAUGAUGAAUUAAAAGUGGCUUUAGUUGAAUUUAAAACUACAACAUGUACAUGGGAUUUUGUUGAAAUCUAUUGUUUACGUCAAUGUGCUCCAUUAUUGGGUGAUCAUAAAUAUUGGAAUAGAGUUAAACAAGUUGCCGGUAUUCCUAUGUAUAUCAAUCCAGUUAAACAUAAAAUUUAUCCAGCAAAACAACAAUUAAGUAAACAUGUUCGUGUUGCACUUGAUCUUUAUGGUCAACAAUUGGUAUGUCCGCUUCAUUUACAUUUAACAGAUUUUAAUUUAUCAAAAAAAUAUCGUCAACAACGUGCAAUUGUUCAUUAUCAAGCACAACCAUUUCCUUAUUUUUAUGAAACAUUACAAAGACUUAAAUUAAAAUUUCCGGAUGAUUUAGAUAUGAAUACACCAUUUGAAGAACAGAUUGAUGAAGAAUUUGAAAAUGCUAUUCAACGAUAG